UAUCUUGACAUUUCAUCAUCCCUAGCACAAUUGUUUAUACUUAAUUUAGUGAAUAAAGUUUAUUUUAAUCGUAAUUUAUGAUAUAAUGGAGGUAGAAUUCAGCAAGGAUAACUUUCUUCUACCGGAUAUAAAGUAUGAAUAUUUGGACCACACGGCCGAUGUUCAGCUUCAUGGAUGGGGACACAGUUUAAAGGAAGCCUUCGAACAAUGCGGAGUGGCCAUGUUUGGAUACAUGACCGAAUUGGAAUACGUAUCCGUGGAGCAGUGCUACGAGAUCGAGGCCCAUGGUGAUGAUCUGGAGGGACUUUUGUUCCAUUUUCUCGACGAGCUGCUGUUCCUUUUCUCCGUCGAACCAUUCUUGGUGUGCAAAAAGCUGGAAAUCACAAAGUUCGAUCUGGAAACAUUUACGAUAGUGUGCCGCUGCUACGGAGAACCAUUCGAGCUGGGAAAACAUCCACAGGGCACUGAGGUGAAGGCCAUCACAUAUUCGGCCAUGCAAAUCGUCCAGAAGCCGGAGGACGCCAACUACGAGGUGUUUGUCAUUAUUGAUAUUUGAGCUAUAACUGCGAUCGUUAGAAAUUAAAGUUGACUGUUCUGUUUCCACCCCUUUUGGCUGUCUUCAUUAAUCAUAAGUGAAAUGCCAAAAAAAAAAAAAAGCUAUAAAAAAUGAAUUCAUAGCCCCGAAAAAUCUGCAAUCUCUCGUGCUGAGACUGCAUCCCCUGUCUGAAGUUUCAGGAGGAUGACUUAUCACAAAACCACUCGAUUCUGCAAAUGCAAUUAGGACUGGCUUUUUCCUUUCCAGUCUGAUUCCUGAAUCAAAAGUUUACCCUUUAGAUGACUUUUUUUUUUUGUACUUCUUGUGUACUCCUUUUUUUUUGCUCAGGGUUUUUGUGAAUUCCCAGACAAGCUCCGAAUUUGUUGUCCUUUCCCAGGCCGCAGUUCAAUGCACCUUUUCCUUGAAUAGCCUUCGAGUGCAAGAUUUCUUGACGUUAAUUACGAUUUUUAAUACCCAAGAAAUUAAUGCACUUUAAGGAUUUUUUCAAACGGGGCUAUGUCUUAUUCCUAUAAUUAUGUGUCUAUGAAUAAUACAUAAUAAUUAUAAUUACAGGGAAUAUAAUCAAAUUUUCAAUGAAAUACUUAUAAAUGUUUAAAUCAGAUUAAAUAAACUACAGUUAUAAUUGUUGUAAAUAAUUAUGAAUACCUUACUGCCCAUAGACUUUAAAAAAAACCUUAAUUUUUAAAAUAUUACACUCACACGUUUUUUUGUUUAAAAUUUUUAAAUUUAAAAAGCAGUCUAUCGGUAGGGUUAGUAAUGAAACUUUUUAAAGGGGAUAAUUCCGUUACAAAGCUUAUAAAAAAUAAGAAAUCUUAUUAUUUAAUAUAUAUAUUAUGAUUUUAAGGAGUAACACUAUCACUUUAAGGUCAUACUUUUAUGUUAAUACUUAAAUUAGAGAGUUAGCUUUUAAUAUAUAAUUACAAAAAAGCUAUCGCGCUUUUAAAAAGUAGAUAAUUAUAUAUUAUUAUCAUUUAUUAUACAUUUCCAUUAAUUUAAUAUAAUUGAUUAAAAAUGAGUUAAUCUAAGGAUUAUUUUAUGCCAAUUGUUUACGAAUAAGAAUCAAUAAUUUUUGUUUACGAAUUAGAACGGUAACCUCCCCUUAGGAAGUGGAGCCAGUUUGAAUUUAGCGUGGACAGAAACCGUUUCCCCAUAUCAGAACCGCAUCAUGUGUUGGUAACCUGGUUGAAUUGAAACAGCUGAUUGCCGAGAAAAUGUAAACAACAAAAAAACGCUUGCCGGGCAACGUGUGUGAGUGUGAGAGUGUGGGUGUGCGACAAGAUUUCCUUGGCUAUCAAAUCAAGGCGAAAUUAUUAAGAAUAGGCGCGUUGGCCAAUUUGAAACUGAUUGCUUUUAAAAAUCAACACUGCGAUACGGCGAAACAGCGACGAAACAACACACGAAAGCGUGUGUGAAAGAACAAACAAAGUAUGAAAGGCAAAUCAAGCAGUAAAACGCACACACUGAAAGAGGCCCCAGUCGGCAAGUUGCUCAUUUCGCUCUUGGCUUUGAAACGCGUCGAACAGUUGUUAUAAAAAAAAUUGCUAAGAAAAAAACAAUUGAACAGAAAAAGGUUGUUCAAUAUUUAACCGUUAGCAAUAAUAUGCAGAAUCAGUAAUCAGUAAAUCAGUGGGUGGAAAGAAACGAAGAAAAAAAAAACGUCAUCAGCGCCGCAUUUUCGCCCCGUGUUUGUUGUUGUGUGUUGCUGUUGCUUUUCAAUUCGCCGCCUCGCCCUCUCAUUCUUUCUGCAGCCACCAAUUGUCAUGGUGUUCGGGUAAGAAGAAGAAGAAGAGCCAAGCUACCCGUGAGCACAUUGUGCGUUAGUUGGACAGCAUUUUGGAAUCAAAAAUCAACCGGAUAUCUGACGGAUAGCUUCCUGAAAUUCCCACCAAUCGACAGGUAACACCGUCACCUACAAUUUGCGAUCAAAAACAUAGCUUCAAGUGAAACGCAACUGAGUGAAAAACGUGGCGGAAAAAUCCAUAUGAAGACGGAACAGAAAAAAAAUGUGAUUGCUGCUUUUAAUUGUUAUAUUGCUGAUGUGAAGAAUCCUUAGGUGCUAAUUUAGUUGAUAAGCGCAAAAAAAAAAAGAGAGAGACAGACCGAGAGAGAGCGAUAAACAGGCAGUACAAUAAGUUAACCGACACUAGUAGAGAGA